AUGGGUGUACUUGUACUUGCCGGUGGCUUUGUGGUUAUAAGCGGCAUCCUUUCUGCCCAGGUGAGUGACGUCAUGUCCAGCGGUUUGCUGCAGGUGGAACAUCCCGCCAAUAAUGGGACCGGGCUGGUACCGGGUCGGUUAUCCCUUAGCACCGACAACCUCGCGGCGGGCAGUCGGCUGGGCAAUGGAGAACGGGGCGGUUCCCUCACACCGAACCUUCCUUCGAUGGAUCGACUGAGCGCACCGAUUGUUACGCGCCGAAAGUUCAGCUUCCCCGCCAAUCUGCACUCGACCGCACUGCUAGGAUUUCCCGAAAUCGGCCGAGAUCGGGAUGGUAUUGGCAGUGGCGCAUCCCUGUCCGCCUCCAGCACCGCCCUGUCCGCCCGGAGACGGCUCAGCAAUGUGAGUGACGUCGUCACACGGAAGCUGUCGAGCACGAUCGGGUGGAAGCAACCGGUACUACCCUCCCAGGACAUCAUCACCCAGGGCAAGUGUCUGUGCGGCCAGUACAUCCGGUGUCGAUUAAAGCGCUCCGGUGUGUUUAAUCGCAAGCUGGGACUGCAGCGCAUCCGAAGCAUUGUCGGGACGCCUUCGAUCCAUGUCGUGCGGGAAGUAUUUCCGGCCUUAUUAAGUGUGGGCGAGGAACUGGAGAGAAUGUAUCCGCGCAUCUACAACGGCAUUGCGCGCCAGUUGACACGGUUCGGACGCGGUGAGCUAAAGACGCCCGAGACGGCACCCGUGCUGCUGAGUGCCAUCGCGCGGGACCUCUUCAAGGCGGACAUUACGUGGGGCAAGGUGGUGUCGCUGUUUGCCAUUGCCGGCGGCCUUUCGGUUGAUUGCGUCCGGCAGGGACAUCCGGACUAUCUGCCCAAGCUGGUCGAGGGUGUGGCGGACGUGAUCGAGGAUGAGCUUGUCACCUGGAUCUCGGAAAACGGUGGAUGGAUCGGCCUAGCGAACAAGGUGCGACCACCGCAGGAAGAGAUCACCUUCACAGUGCGGUGUCUAGUGGGAGCGAGCUGCGUGAUAGCAUUAUUUAUGAUCGUCUUUCUACUAAAGACGCUAGGUUUAUAUUUAUUUCCAAAUAUAUUCUCUUAA